CACCUACCAAUCCUUGUCUCCUUUUUCUUUACCCAAAGCUUUUCUCAAGUAAGACUAUGUGCUUUCCAUUUUGCACUCUCUACUCUACAACCGGCAAACCUUUCCAACAUUUUGCACAGGUCAAUUGGAUUUCGGAGUAAUUGCUUAAUAAGAAAAAAACAUUACCCACCUUUUUUCCAUUUCCUCUCAUAAUUUCCAUUAAUACAUUUUGAGUAAUAGAAGAAUUUUCUUACCUUUUUUUACUGCUCUUCCCAUGCCUGUUUUUCCCUUUUUUAAUUGUGUCGGCGCUACUCUCUUUUACAUAAACCCCUAAAUGCUCUCUCUCUUUAUGCUCUUCAUUUUCCAUUAAUUUCUAUUCACAAUUCUCAGCUUUUUUCUUUCUCUGUUUUCUCUCUGUUGCGUGUUUUUCUUCGCGAUCACCGAUUGUCAGAAACCUGAAAUCUACGAGGAAGAAAAAUAAUGCUGAUGUCAAAUUUUUAUAGGAUAAAUUAAAGGUGGUUAGAAGCCAAACACUUAAAGUGAAGCAGUUUUGAACAGUAAGUGAUCAUUAGAGAGCAGAAGAGCUAGCCAGAUGACAGAUCACAAAUCAUGGCUAUGGAGGAAAAAAUCCUCUGAGAAAACCAUCAGUGAGGCUGAGAAAUUGGAACUUGCUUCAAGAGAGAAUGAGAUACAUGUACUUCUAGCUGAAAAAGCGGAACUGGAGAGAGGUUUUAAAGACUUGGAGGGAAAACUUUCUUCUGCCCUUGCUGAGUGUCGUGCGAAAGACAAUCUUGUGCAGAAACACUCUAAAACAGCAAAAGACAACCUUGCAGGAUGGGAGAAAGCAGAAGCGAAAGCAGUUUCACUAAAGGAAGAACUCGAUGAAGCUGUGAAAGAGAGAGACAUCAGCGAAGAACGGACAAGACAUUUGGAUUCAGCACUAAAGGAGUGUAUGCAGCAGCUACGUUUUGUUCGAGAAGAAAAAGAGCAGAGGAUCAAUGAUGUUCUGCGUAAGGCAUCGGAGGAACUUGAGGAGACUAAGAUGUUCUUGGAAGAGAAGCUAGAACAAUCGGACAAAAUGAUAGCCAAGAUGACGGCAGAAAAUUCUCAGCUUUGCAAGGCGAUUCUGCUCAAAGAUCAGCUAAUCGAGGAACUAAAUCAAGAAAAAGCCAAGGUAGAAGCUGAUGUAAGUGCUCUUUUGGCUAGACUGGAACAGUCGGAGAAAGAAAAUAAUUCAUUGAGGUAUGAAGUCAGAGUUCUUGAGAAGGAAGUCGAUAUUCGAAACGAGGAGAAAGAGUUUAAUCGUCGAACAUCCGAUGCCAAUCAUAAACAGCAUUUGGAAAAUGUCAAGAAAAUCGCAAAGCUAGAGUCCGAGUGUCAAAGACUUCGUGUCCUGGUAAGAAAGAGAUUGCCGGGUCCUGCAGCUCUGGCAAAGAUGAAAAGUGAAGUAGACAUGUUAGGAAGAGAUUCUUUGGACAUUCGUAGGAAAAAGUCCAACUUAAGCACCGUCAGUAGCAUGCGGUUGGACUAUGGAGUAGAUGGCUAUCCUGAUUCCCCCGACAAGAAGCUAAAUAUCUUGACUGAGAAAAUUUAUACAUUAGAGGAAGAAAAAAGUUAUAUGCAAGAAAAUCUCGAGAAGAAGACGAGUGAGCUUCAAAUUCUGAGCAACAUGUAUAUCCAGACGGCAGCAAAAUUGUCGCAGUUAGAGGCACAACUCGAAGAAUCACAUAAAACCGAACUGAAUACAUGUAAUGCAAAAAGUAGCUUGGUGUCACAUGAUCUGUCAUUGGCUUCAAUAUCAGAUGUUGGGAGUGAUGAUAAAGUUAGCUGUACGAGUUCAAGGGCAUCUAAAUGUGUUGGCAUGUCGGACAUGAAUCAUCUCAUGGAUGAUUUUGCGGAGAUGGAAAAGUUGGCUCUUGUUUGCAUCGAUAAACCCGUUGAAAAUUCUUCUAUCACAAAUAAUGAAAAUAUUGGAAAAGAGUUGGUUCCAAUAGCUUCACAGGCUGAUGUGAACAUGGCAUCGAAAUGGAGCAACUCAAUUUCAAAGUUGAUCGAGAUUGUUCGUGGGAUUAAUAUUCCAUCUGAGGAUCAUGAUGCUACUCGUGUUUUCCAAUGGAAAACUUCUGAACUAACUUCUAUUCUACAGAAUUUCCUUCAUAUUUGUGAUGAUUUGCUGAAUGAAAAGUCCGACAUUGACACAUUUACUCGAGAAUUGACAUGUGUUUUGGAAUGGCUAUUGAACCGCUGUUUUCCUUUACAAGAUGUCUCGAGCAUGAAAAAUAUGAUAAAGAGACAAUCAUUACUAACAGAUGGAUGUGAUAGUGAAAUUUCAGAGUGUGAAUUCUUGAAAAAUAGACUUCAGGAAUUAGAAAAUGCAAUGGCAAGUUUGCAAGUAGAAAUGGAGGCCUUGAAGCACUCGAAGGAAAACGUGGAGGAACUGUUCGAAGUUCUUAUGAUGAUGAACGAAGAUCUAAAUACACAGCUUUUAGUAGUUAAUUCUAGUAUGGAUGAGGCUCACAAAAAGAUGGCAUCGUUGCAAGCAGAGGUGGAUUGUAAGGUGAAAGAUUGUGAUGCGUUGGAGACGAACUGCCUUAAUUUGCAGGCUGAACUUGAGAGGUCGCGAAAGGUGAAUAUCGUUGAACAUCCAAGUGAGGACGAAAAGCAUCUCCGAACUGAAUGGGAGAUAUCGGCAGCUUCAGAGAAGUUGGCAGAGUGCCAAGAAUCGAUCUUAAAUUUGGGAAAGCAACUGCAGGCAUUAACAUCAUCACGAGAUGCUGUGUUGUCCGACAAAUUUAUGUCCACACCUAGUAAGACAAUUGCCCCUGCUGCCAUUACCGAAACCAUGGAAACUGAAAAGAAGCUAACAUGCCAAAGGUCAUCUCUUAUGGACCAAAUGCAAGCAGAGGAUCAUGAGGAAACCGAUGACCUCGAAUCACCAAAGACCAAAGAAAUGAUCUACGCCAAAGAUUCCGGUUCACAACGUACAGGUAACAAUGCUACAACAACUAACAACGAAAUUGCUUUGUAUUCUAUGGCCAUCGUACCAAGCAAGUCAGCACAAACUACAUCAGGUGGACUCUUUAAAAAGCUUUUAAAGAGGAAGAAGAAGGUUAGUAGUAAGAAGAUGGCACUUCCGUUUGCUGCAGCGUGAGCCUGUAUAAAGCUAAUAACCGAAGGCGGGGUUGAGGAGAAUUUGAUAAGUUUCAUCGGCAGCAGAAAGAAGUGCGUAUAAAUUAAUGAUCAUUUGAAUAUGAUCCUGUGUUGUCUGUGUAGAUAUGUUGGAUGUAGAGAAGGUAUGUUUUUUAAGUUUAAUCUGAGGGUCAGGGGUACAACGAACCUAUAUGAAAAGCAGAUUUACUGUCUGCUUUUGUGUGCUACAUGUGUUGAUUUUGUGUCUUUAUGUACUCAUUAACUAAAAAGAGUAAAUGACCUUUUGAAACUCACUUGGUUUCUGCUGGUCAUAUAGGUUUGAAGUUGUGUCCGAUGAAAACAAGUUGGCAUAAAAGUUGGUGAAUAGCCUACUCUUAUACUUCUAUUAAGUUAUCAAUUAAAUUGACUAAAUUUAAUAAAAAAA